AUGAGAGUCUGCAAAGUGCUCCUCGUGCUCGCCCUCACCAUCCUUGUCACCACCGAUGGAGGCUCAUUCAUCCCAACCAAUGCUUCAGCAACAACUGCAGCAACGAAUCCGACCCCAGUGACUGGAGUUGGCCGAAAUGCAACGGUACAAUCCUCACCGGUGUACAACACAUCCCACUCCCGAACAGUCACCGAAAAUGCGACAAUGUCGACAGCAGUGUCUCAAACGCCAGCCGUCACAACGCAACCAAGCUUGAAUACAACAGAUGGGACAAAGUCACCUACGGAGAGCACACUACAAACACGCACUACCAUCAACGAUACAUCUGCCCCCGUCACGAAGUCCAUGGGGCGAACAGCCACGAAAGACAGGCAUCAGACGACAAUGCAAACGUCAAUGCUCACCAUCAUACCGCCAUCACGCACAACCACCGAGGUUGCAGUAGGAUCGACGCCACAUUCUCCAAUCCCAAGUGACGCAACUCCUCCACCCACUACGUCGACGGUGCAAGUUGCCCAUGCAGAGGCGACCUCCCCGAUGUCCCUCACCUCGCCAUAUCCCCCACUCUCUCUCUUCACCGCUCUCCUCCUCCUCCUCCUCCGUCUACUCCUCCUCAACUACUGGUAUGAGCCUCUCUAA